GGAAUUUAAUUAAUGAAGUAAGAACAUUUUCAAAUGGAUACUUCUCUUUUAAUAAUGUAGAUGUAUCAUGUGCCGUCAGUGUUAACAUAAUGGAAUAAAGAAGAUAAAAAAUCACAAACCUAUAAAUAGACACACAUACAGAUUACAAAGCCUCAUUCAAUAACAGUUAUAGAGCAAUAGAACCGAUAAAAACUAAAGAAACGAUAUGAUGUCUUCUUUGUCCACAAUAUCUCUUCUCCUUCUUCUUUCUCUUUUGUGUGCGGUCAUCUCGGUUGACGCGCAGUUUGUCGCGUCUUUACAGCCACUUCCGCUGCCAAUACUUAUGUCCGGCCCUCACUCUUUCGCCUUUAAUUCCACAGAAAAAGGAUUCUACACUGGAGUCUCCGGUGGUGCAAUCAUCAAGUAUACUCCCGAGAAGGGUUUUGUCCGUUUUGCACAAAUCACAGAAUCAUCGAACUCUUUAUUGUGCUACGCUUUACAAGAACCGAUUUCCUCCAAAAUGUGCGGCCGACCGGCGGGGAUAGCCUUCAAUGAGAUAACAGGUGAUCUCUACGUCGCCGAUGCUCUAUUGGGUCUUCACGUUGUUUCUCCCGCCGGUGGUUUGGCCGUAAAGAUAGCCGACGGUGUUGAUGGAAAGGCCUUCGAGUCUCUCAAUGGUCUUGACGUUGAUCCAACAACUGGUAUCGUCUACUUCACUUCCUUGAGCUCACAGUUCAGCGCAUACCAAAUGCAUCUUCUAUUGCGUCUGAAUGACGCCACAGGAAAACUCUACAAGUACGACCCAUCAACUAAGGUUGUCACCGUAUUGAUGGAAGGUCUAGGCGGCGCAGCUGGUUGUACCGUAAGCUCGGAUGGUUCUUUCGUGUUGGUUAGUCAGUUUACAAAGUAUAAUAUCAUAAGGUAUUGGAUAAAAGGACCUAAAGCUGGCUCUUCUGAAAACUUCAGCAAUUCGCCAUCACGUUUACACCCUAGCAGUAUCAAAAGAAUCGGUUCUACUGGAAACUUUUGGAUCGCUGCCGUGCAGAGGGUUACCAACGAAACAGCAGUCGCCAAAGUCGACUCUAACGGUGAAGUGCUUCAGAGAAUUUAUCUUCCUCUUCUAUAUGAUUUUCUUAGCGAAGUUAACGAGUUCGACGGUAGUCUAUACUUCGGGAGUCUCACUGAACGAUAUGUUGGAACUCUUAAGCUUUGAAACCUUGAAUGGAACCCAAGGGUGAACGAAACACAAUGGGAUAAAUUACCUUUAAUUUUCAGUUCAAUAAUAUUUGUAUUUUAUAAUAAAUAAAAAUAAUCAACAUGUAAUGAUAUGCAUAUGGUUUUAAUUUCCUGGAAAAUGGUUCAACCUCUUAAAUACAAUAUUUCAUACACAAACUAAUAUUAUUACCAUAGUAACAAAAUGUUUAUCAUGUUUUUUCCCAAAUUAAAUUGUAAAAUAUGCUGAAAAUGUAAAAUAGUAUAUAUUUUGGAUUCAAACAUAUAUAGUAAUACAAAAUAUUUUAUACCGCUUGAUUAGCUUGUUCUCUUUGAACUUUACAUCUGGCCAAAAAUAUGAGUUUCAUACUAAAGGUCAUAACCGUAUAUUGAUCUUGCUGAUUUUAUAUGAAAAAUAAUAUGUUUAUAUUUCUUUAGUUAACUAGUAUAAUAUGGUAAACUGAAAGUAGAAAAUAUUGGUUAUGUUCGUUUCAAUAAUUAUUGUUUGCAAAUCUG